GUAAGCAAUCAAGAGGGAUGAAAAGUACAAAGAAAGGGGAAGAAAAGAGAUAGAAUGAAAAAAAGAAAUGUAUUACACGGAAGAUUCCAGAUCAAAACUGUAUAUACAUAUGUGUAUGUGUGUUAAACAAAAUGUAAAAUAAGAUCAAUGUACGAAAUAUAUAAAUAUAUGAAUGGUGAAUGGAUACAAAUUUAAGAUAACACAAAAAUGUAAACAUUUCCUUAAAACGUUUAAUGGAAAUUGUUAUUUAAGAAAAAUCGAUCCCAACUACGUUAUUAUUAUCAUGUCACAGUUCCCUAUAACAAAUAUUACUAAUGAAACAUUUUCUAAAUUGAUGUACCAUGAUCGUAAUAAAACAAGAUCUAAUUUACCAUUUCAAAUAGCUCUGUAUGUGAACCUAUGGCUUUUCCCAAUUUGGCUGUUGAUUUCUAUUGUAAACUUGGAUGCAAAAUACAAUAAUUUGUCAAACAUUUAUAAAUUGUUAGCUGUAGCAACAUUUCUGGUACUUUCGAUUUUUGAAAGUUUAAAAUUAUAUUUAGGAUACCUGGGAAAUCUUACUGGAAAGAUGGAAAAUAAUUUAUCGACCAAACAAGCGGAGCACGGUACGGAGUCUAAACGAAUCAAUGAAUCAAUAUCUCAAUGUCAAGAUCUGACAACUGCGACCAACUCUGCUUAUCCAUGCAUCGUUUCAGCGCAAUCCUAUACUUUCAGCCGUCUCGUGAAUUUCAUUGACUGAGAGAAGAUUCGUUCACCUUUCCAGAUGUCUGUCGCUGCAUUUUUCCGGCCAGCUCGAUUUCCGUUUCGUGCGUUUGAACGAACGCCGGCCGAGGAGAAAUCGUCGUGGCGCGCGACGAAUCGAGGAGUCGGAUUGGAACGUCGGCGCGACAGUCGAAGGAAGAGUUGGAGCCUGCCAGUGGAUCUACAGACGACAUAGGGAUCGUGUUUCUCCAUUGUCAUUCGAAUCUUACAAAUGCCUGUGACAGCUGUGCGCCAAUGGAUCUCGAGCCUGUCUAACGCCUGCUGACUUUUUGCUCGCAAGCGAAUGAACGACCGUGCGAUCGCGAAUGGAUCGCGCGGUUCGUGCACGCGUUGUUGGUAGGUUCGCCUCGCGAGGUUGGGUAGGAGGUUGGAAUCGCGAGGUGGCGAGAAGGAGGGAGUGGUAACACCUGGAAUGUACGUAAGGUAAACGGCAUCCGGGCAAUGCCCUCGCAUGUAAACAAUCAGAAAUUGCAGGCUUGAUUACGCGAGCAGGCUGUUUCUCGCGCGUAUGCACACAUUCGAGGAAUCGAAUCACGUUUCCGUGCACGCGUGCCCACCUGCCCGUAACAGUUAUAACGUGCGGUAGUAGCACGAGGACUCCGGCACACGGUGGCGUACUAGCCUCUCCCCCUUUUCACUUUGUGUCUCGUUCCACGAUCCGCAGAAAUGCCCGCGGUUUUCUUUUUUCUUUUUUUUUCUUUUAAUUCAGCCCGGAUAGCCGAGCUGCCCGAGAUUGUAACCCAGAGAGAUAACCGGCGACGGAGAUUUCGAGCGCGAGUCGGUUCGUUCGGGAUCGGUUGGGAGGUGAAUUCGUUUAGGAUGAACGAUCGUUGUCGAGGUGUGAAGAGGCGUCGAUUGAGAGAAAGGGGACAGGAAAGUCGGAGCAACGCUGACGAACAGACCGGUAGCUGAUGCUUCGUUUCCAUAACGGUGGCAGAUAAGAUUAUACUCUUGUCGAGUAUACUUUUUCUCUCUCUCUCUCUCUCUUUUUCUCUGUUCAACAAAUUCGAAUUGUCGAAAUGUAGAAGUAGAAUUUAUCGCAAGAAAAAGAAAAAAAAAAAAAAAAGACAGAGUUGAGAGAUAGAUUUGAGAGAAUUUGUGAAACACGAGAGAAACGAGGCGAAUUUCUUGAACGAGGUGUAAACAUCAUGCACGCGAUGCAUGCUAAAGUUUUCGAAGGUCGAGAGUGCGUUUAUCGCGAGACACGCGCAAACGAUUUCGCGUAUCAAUAUUCCGGCUAAGUCGAUUGUAACCGCGCAUUCUGAUUUCAGCGAAUCAAGUAUAUCUGUUGUUGGCCUGCUGUGUCCGAGCUGAAUCAUUUUCCUUUCGUUAUCGUCUCGCUAUGGGGAGUUCGAUGUACGCGUUCGAUAAUUAAUCGAACUCUUUUGGCUCCUGUCCGUCGCUCCGCGCGUGACAUGUUUUUCCACUAAUUGUUAUCAAUCGAAAUUCGUGCUCGCUUCGUUUGUUAUCUCCGGCCUUUCGAAACGGAAAUUUCAGGGCAAAUUCUACGUUGAUUAUUACACUUCGAUAUUCGCGAGGAAAGCCCCGGGUUAAUUGUAUUUAAGUAUAAGAUUGGUUACGCAAAGAAAAUUCCAGACACGAGUAGAUAUAUACUUGAAUAUUUGUGUUUAAAUCUUUUGCAAAUUCUAAACACUCGUAU